AUGAAAUUCACAUCUUCAGUUCUUCAGCUUUUGGCGCUGUGCCAAAUCGCGUCAGCAUCGCCAUGCAAGCCUUCUUCUUCGACUGUCAUUUCCGCGGCGCCCGCAAGCACCACUGAGGUCAGCGAGACAGAGCCAUAUACCAUCACCACUUCCGCUGCGACCUCCAGCGCCGAGGCUGAAACCACGACCACGACCACUGCCGCAUCUGGACCUACCAAUCUGAUCAGAAAUCCUGGGUUUGAAGACUCAACCGUCGCGCCUUGGACCGUAUACAACAACAUCGGAACCUUGAGUAUAGACAGCGAGUCAGGCAUUCCCCCAUCAACCCAAGCAGGGCAAUUCAGCGCCUCUGGACAAAACCUCGCCAACAUGGGCAUCGGACAGGAAAUUGAUCCAUCUUUAAUCGUCGUCGAUAAAGAGUAUCGCUUUUCUGUAUAUACCAAAGUUACAGCCUCCAACAUUUGCAUCUCGCAAACAAUUGCAUGUGGCGCAGGAACAGGUUUCGUUAACUCGGCGAAUUGGGGUGCCAUGCAGGCGAAUGGCUGGAUAUUGACAAUGGUCACUUGUUCGUGGAGUCAGGCUGCCCUAGAUGCUGGGCCGAGUGUUCAGGUCUCGGGAGUCUGCAAUGCUCUGACUUUUCUGGCUGACGAUGCUUCUCUGGUGGCAACUGAGGCAUCGGAUUAG